GUAUUUGGUAUAUCAUGUUGAGUAGUAUUUUGGUGGUGUUAUCUGGCUGUCGUGUCUCGAGUCAGUACUGCGAUCUCACGCGCCUCCCCCGAGUCAGCUAGUGCCUCGCGUGGAAUCUCCAACGUGAAUCGUCUUCGACAUGACGCACUUGUCCAAACACCACGACGACCCGACAAGAAACGACCAUGUCUGAGCCGCGCCGAUCGACGCGAGCGCGCGCCCGCGAGGAAGCCGCCCCAAUCCCCGAGACACCCACGCCCAAAGACCGACCAGCCAAAAGCGCAAAAUCAACGCUGAAGCGCAAACGCUCGAGCGCCGUCGCAACACCCGCAACGCCAACAGCAGAAGCCACGCCCCACGCCCCCCAGCACACGCUGCCCCUCCGCAUCACCGACGGCCAGCCGCUACCCACACUCCCCUCGCCACAACCCCUCGAACUGCCCGCCGCAGAGUGGCAGGACAUCCAGCAGAGCGGGGUGCUCAGCGCGUCGCUGCAGCAGUCGCGCGCCGUGUGGGUGUCAGGCGUCAAUUUCCGCACCUUCCACGAGUUCUUCACUCAGCCCAAAAAGGUCCCCGAGCGCACGGAUGAGGAUAAGGCGAGGCAGCAGCGCCAGAAGGAGCUGCAGAAGAACUUUCCCCAGGUUGGACCCGAGGCGCAGCUGGUGAUUGAGCCGCAUACGUUUAAUAUCAGGCUGUAUGGGCCGCGCGAGGUGCCGAGGACACUGCCCAAGAAGACGCCGAGUUAUGGCGCUUGGCCGAAUCAUAGCCAGAAUACGCAGUAUACGCAGCCGCAUCCACAUCAGCAGUCUCACCCGCAUCCGCACCAGUAUGGACAGCCCGCCUACCAGAAGCCGCAGCCGCAGCCGAGACCGCCCCCGCCGAAGCCCGUUGCUGUCCCGCAGACUCCGACCCCAGCGACGUCGACGCCCGCGCCCGACCCCGUCAUCCACAUGCUAGCCGCGCGGGCAGGGACAGACCCCGAGCUCAAAGCCGUGAUGAAGAUAGUCGCAGCAGGCCAGGCGACGAAAGAACAGCUGGAGUUCUUCCAGAUCCACAUCCAGGAGCUGACGGAUAUAGUGGCGGGGCAAAAGGGCGCUGCAAAAUCGAAAGUCGAAGCGCCGCCUGCGAAAGUGAGCGCCGCGCCGCCACAGCAAAAGCCAGUCGCGACACCCGUGCAGGCAAAACCCGCGCCGACACACGUCGUUGCUGCGCCGCCUAGGCCUGUCCAACCUGCUCAGCACCCGCAGCAACAGCAACAGCAUCAACCACAACAACCACAGAAGCCAUACGCCCCACCCCUCCAACAACACCCCUAUAACCCCACACCCUACACCCAACCACCGCCACAAUACCACCACCCCACCCCCCAAUACAACACCCCCCCACCCCCGCGCACCACCUACCGACCCUUAGUAUUCUCCUUCACCGAAGGCAACCAAGACAUGUUCUACCUCCCCUCGUACAGCAUCUUAGAAUGGCUACCCAACGGGUCGGGCGCAAAACUCUCGUUUUUGAUUACGAAGAUGAAGGACGAUAUUGCGCCACCAACGGCAAUACCAACACCAACACCUACGCCAAUUACUCCCACACCCACCGCCCCGUUAAAUCCACCCACUACCCCCUCCCUGCCCCCCCAACAACAACCACCCUUCACACCACCCCCCCGCAUAGAAUCCUUCGACGACCAAACUCUCAUCCCCCACAUCUCCCUCUACCAGCCCGUCACCGUGCUCCUUCUAACAGACAGCUUUGAUAUUAAAAAUGCCCUCGCGAGAGCGGUCAGGCCGCAUGAUGUCGUGGAGCGGUAUAUGGAGGAGGUCUUUCAGAGGUGUCGGAGGGCGGGGGAGACGUAUUUGGCGUUUAGGCUGCCUAGGGAGGAGGGCGUGAGGGAGGUAGAGGGGGAUGGGGGGGUAGGGGGGGUGCUAGGGACGGUGGGGGAAGGGGGUGUGAUGGGGGGAGGGGGGGAGAAGAAGAAGGCUGGACGGCCGCGGAGGAGUGGUGGGGCUUUUUAG